AUGGGACUCCUGGAGCUGUCAGCUGCCCGGGAGAAGCACGAGGAGUUCUGUGUGCCCAUGAUCAUGGUUCCCGCUACUGUGUCCAACAAUGUGCCGGGUUCCUAUUUCAGCAUCGGGGCAGACACAGCCCUGAACACUAUCACCGACACCUGCGACCGCAUCAAGCAGUCUGCUAGCGGAACCAAGCGGCACGUGUUCAUCAAGACCAUGGGCGGCUACUGUGACUACCUGGCCAACAUGGGGGGGCUUGCGGCCGGAGCCGAUGCCGCAUACAUUUUCGAAGAGCCCUUCGACAUUGGGGAUCUGCAGUCCAAUGUGGAGCACCUGACGGAGAAAAUAAAGACCACCAUCCAGAGGAGCCUUGUGCUCAGAAAUCGUCAUUUCUAUUUCACAGCAAAGUGUGACUGUAUAACUGAUAUUUCAUAUGACUCUAACCCCCAACAGGGUGGGGCACCUUCUCCAUUUGAUAGAAACUUUGGAACCAAAAUCUCUGCCAGAGCUAUGGAGUGGAUCACUGCAAAACUCAAGGAGGCCCAGGGCAGAGGAAAAACAUUGACCACCGAUGAUUCCGUUUGUGUGCUGGGAAUCAGCAAAAGAAACGUUAUUUUUCAACCUGUGGCAGAGCUGAAGAACCAAAUGGAUUUUGAGCACAGGAUUCCCAAAGAACGGUGGUGGCUCAAGCUGCAGCCCCUCAUGAAGAUCCUGGCCAAAUACAAGGCCAGUUACAACGUGUCAGACUCAGGCCGGCUAGAGCACGUGCAGCCCUGGAGCCUCUGA